GUCGGAAUGUGAAAAUUUCGCAUUUUAUUUUCGCGCAAUAAAUUCCAAUCAAAUGAAGCCUUUCUGAGUAAACAAUUUCGCGAUUUCGCGAUUUUGCGAUUCACAUUGCGGUCUUAUAUCGUGCGCAAAAUUUGUAUUGGUUUCGUUCUGUGUUGAGAAUGUAACCACAAGUGCUUGAGUUUCAUCAAUAUUUGAAAACGCUGCGCCCUUCAACCUGAUAUGGAUGCAUCAGCAAAGUGCAAAAACGGUUCGUGCUGUAAGAAACCAGUACGUAGUAUAUGCGCUCUAUUGAAAACGACGAAGACUUCCACCGACAACGAUGAUAGAAUCAGAAGCAAGGUUCGACUCCCUCGAGCAAUGUCCACCAUCGUAGAAGAAAAUCUAAGCUCACAGCUACGCGACGUUCAUCAGAGUGUUUUGGAGUUGCUGGAUGCAGCAGGACGACGGGUAAGACGGUGUGUGAGUAACGACACGACGCUGGUCGCAUCAAUUAGUCCUGAAUCGAGCACAACUAAUAGCAAUGCAACCACCACAACAUCAGCAACGAAUCCAAGUGCUACAUCACACGACAUCGACAGCAUCACCUUAUGCAGUUCCAGAAAGUCAAGAAGCUGUCAUUUUACUACGUCCAAGCACUCCUUAGUCGCGAUAGACGUUGAUCACCCUGAAAUUUGUCGUUAUAAGCGCAGAUUGAGACGUAACACAAUUGUUUCCAAGGUUUUAACUAAAAAAUCUCAUAGCAACAACGAAUUAUACAAUCCACAGUAUUCUAUAUUAUCAACUCAUCUAGAAAUGCCAUGCCUUGUGCACCGGGGAAAGCAUGGAUCAUCAUCUUCUAUAUACCGCCGGAAAAAGGAGAUACUGUAUCGGCAACCUGCGCUUUUGACGGAAAUUUUGCGUAGGUCUGCGGCGCAAAAUAAUAUUAAUAUAGGUACGAAACCACCUGUGAAACACGUGCCUCCAGAAAAUUCUACACUUUCCCAAGCUGUAAAACAGGCCGGACAAAUAACUAAAAUAGUGAAUAACAAACGCAAAAUAUACUUUUUUACCAAGUCUCCCGAAAAAUAUAAAGAACAUGCAAAAGAACGAGAUAAAUCCCAUCAAAAGAGUUCUAAAAAUAAAAACCGAGAAAGGCACAAAAAGGAAAAAUACAGUCUGUUUUCACCUAGUAGUUCUUUAGAAGACGAGAUAUAUAAUAUUCAAAUAGAGAAACGCCAUCGAAAAUCUGAGGCAAAACGUUCGAAGGAAAAGCCUAAAGACAAACCCAGGAAAUCAAAAUCACCACGAAGAGAGCACAAGAAAAACAAGCACAUGAAAAAUGAAGCAUCACAGUUUAGCGGUCUACACGUGUCUACUGAUCCGACAGCAGAGAAGGCUACUAGUCCGCUGAGGAGCAAGUUAGAAAGGGUUCUGAAAGGUUCCUUUAAAGAAAAAGUCAAUGAUAACAAACCAGCCGACCGUAAUGGUUGCAAAGUACGCGAAAAGAAAAAAGACAAAAAAGGUUCGAAAACUAAAGAAUCCAAAGAUUCGGUUAUACAUUUUAGCAACAGUAAAUCAAAGAAACGCAAAGAACUUAUCAAAGAAGAGCCUGAAAACUGCAGUGAACGUAAGAAAGUGAAGCGGGAAAGCAGCCUUGUGCGAAUCAAACAAUCCCUAUUACAAUUGGCAAGAUUUAGCAAAUUAGGAGAAAAGAGGCGAUCCAAAUCAAAGACUCGAAGUAAGACUUCAGAAAAAUUACAACCCCGCACGUCUUCAAAAGAUAAAACAACUCUCACAAAGUUUCUAAUGCCUACCUCGCAAACGUUUAAUAUGGACAUCAAAGUAUCCACCCACUGCAAAAUGCAGAAGUUUUUUGACCAGGAUAACGCAGACUUAGAUAAAUUGUGUAGCUGUGAGCCCAUUGCAACAGAUAAAAAAGCAAAACCCACAGUAACGCGGGCCCAACUUGGGUCUCUAGUCAUACCUCCUUUUAAACCAAAGAAUAAGAAACGUGAGAGUCGUGGACGUCAUCGUAGGCACAACAAGAAAAACGACUACAUAACUGCUGAUAUUGGCACCAUGCCAUAUGAUGAUAUGUAUCCUUUGAGUGAUACUAAAGUGCAGACCGAAGACCCUUAUCAGCUAACAAAUAAUUUAACAGAUGGCGAAAUUAAUGUUAAAGCCCUAGGUGAGUCAGAUCAUUUAUAUUCGAAAAGUUCUUUGAUGGUGCGUGGAACAAUUGGUAGCAUAAACUCUUCCUAUGAUUCACAUGACACUAUCAGAAUCUGUGAAGAUAUAUCCGUUACAUCUUUACCAGACCUCAGUAAUUUAAUGGCUAUAUCGGAUUUUGCCAACACCGAAGAAAGUAUAUUAGUAAACAAUGAAAAAGAUUUGAAGCAUUUAAACCUGGCGCCAGAAGAUUUAUCAGGACGAAUGCAGGGUAUGAAAAAUUUAUUGGACUCAUUGUGUGCACCUCAAACAUUCGAUAACUGCCCCCCCUUUCUAAGGGAACCUUAUUGCUACAUGACUUUAAAUACGACCUUAAAUAAACGCAAAAUAAAAAACAAAAGUACUAAUACCAAAAAUAAGUGGACACGAAAGGACUUAUUAAUCGAUUCUUAUGCGGAUGCAAUUCAACGUGCCAAACCACAUAUUGAACAGCGAAAAACUCACAAAACUUCAUUCAAGAAGUCUUAUCACCAAAAACGUGGCGCAUCUGGUAGACAUAAGCAACGAUCAACUGACAAAGAAUGCUCUAGUGAUAAUAACGUAUCAGAUACGCAGCUUAAUAGAGGAAAAAAUCGGAUUAAGAGCAAGAUUCCAGUUUUCUUCAGUGAUAAACGUAUCUUGCAGUCCAAAAAGCACUUUAAUUAUUCUUCCGAUGCUUCCACUUUUAUCGAAGAUAAAACUGAGAGAAAAGCAAGUCGGAUUCCACGACGGAAGUAUAAGAAAACAAUAAAAAAUAUAUCGGAAACUAAUAUCCAAGUUGAUUCUACCACUAACUGUAAUAACUGCAGUAGUGGAAAUAUUGAUUUAGAUUUUGAUUCUAUAGCGUUAGAAGAACUGUCUAAAUCUAAGGAUUUGCUUAACCUAGAGGAAGAAGUCCUUGAUAUUUAUUGGAAUGAAGUUGAGAAUAUGACCGAUUUUAAUGCCGUUCAAAAAUUGGGUGAAAAUAAGAGCAAGGAUUGUAUUAACAUUUGGAAUGUGGAUAAGUUUGAAACUAGUGAAGAAUCAAAUACUUUGAGUAAAAUUAAGGAAGAAGAAUCGAAUGAAGCGAAUAAAAAAAGUGAUAACACGUUAUCAUCCCGCGAAAUAUAUUCUGCUGGUAAUAUAGCUGAGAAAACAAGGAGUAAGAAUGAACGUUCAUUUAAAACUUCCCACCACUCCGCUCCAAACAACUCUCGGAAAACGUUGCUUUCUGUUACUCGAACAUGUUUAGACUCCUUUGCAAAAGCAAGUAAAAAAUGCAUAUCUAGUUCUCAGAAGAAGAAUCAAAAUAUGAUUGAGGCAAAAUCUUCAACUCCUAUGCCCAGUGAUAUUCUUUCCCUGGCAAAUAUUACAAGUAAAGAUAUGACACAACCAACUAAUACAACCACAUUGAUUGUAAACCUGACUGAAUUAGACGACGCGCAUAUGAACGCUUUUAAUUGUAAUUCGAAAGCGUUGCUGGAAGAUAGUCUGCGACAAAUUAGUUCAAAGAUUAAUUUGGAGGAAGCUAUGAGGCAGGUGGGAAAUGGUGAUAAACAUUCUGUGUCUCUGCAAGUUAUUGUUCCUUCAAAACAUGCGAAUACUAAUACAUCUUUUUCACACAUACCAAAAAGUUUACCGCGGAAAAAGACUUUUCAUAAGUCCAAACUUCCGCUUCCAAUAGAUCGUAGUAAGAAAUCUGUUAAAAAUAGUUACACGUUUCCAAUCGAGAUCGAUUUGAGAAAAAUUGGUAUGGGUGAUAAGUCCGGAAGUGAUGUAAGUGGCAACAGCGUGUUGUGGGAAUCUGGCAAGUGGGCAAGCGAAUGGUCCGAUUCAGUUGCAGAUAACUGUAUUGUUAAUGGGGAAACCAUAGUUAAUCCGGUGUGUGAAGAUAAAUUUAAUAUGUGUCUUGGUAACAACGUGAUAUCGUCUAAGCGUAGUUCAAAAUUUUGGAGUUUGCAUUGGUGGCGACGUAUAUUUUCUAAGAAAAGUAAGAAGGCAAACAAAGAAAUUGAUGUAAUAUUAAAUUUCACUAAUUUUACGGAUAUAUUGGAUGUGUCCUCAACUUACAGUUGUCAAGUAGAAAAAAGGAAUAUGGUUGCAAGAUCGCGCUCUUUAAUAACAUUAUCCAAUUCAAGAACGGAAAGUGUAGUACCAAUUUUAAGGACGUUGAGUAUGGACAGUAUUCAUUCAAGUAACUAUAACACUGCUCAUUUCUGCAUGAACAAAAACGCACUGAUUGUUCAACAACUAGAACACGAAUUAAAUAUAAGAGAAGAACUGACUGAGAUAGAUACACUUGUUAAUGAGGAGGUGAUAGCUGUGACAGAUUAUAAUCAAUCUGGUUCCCAGUUAGAUGUUGCAAAUUUGCCUAUUGCUAAACGAAAUAAUAAAAAUAAGUUACCGGGGUACAAAACUAAGAAGAGCAGAUGUAAAUUGGCGUGUCAUAAAAGUCGCACAAAAUCUGAUAAGAAAACGAAAUUUAUAUUUGACGUUCCUCCUGCACCUGUACAUCAUGAAAGCGAGUUUGAAGCAACCCGAAUAAUGAUCAAGACAGCGAAACCUGCUAUAAAUUUAGAAAUGCAUCACGAAGGUAAAGAAGAAGUUGAAAAACGAUUGCAUGAGUAUGAAGAACGAGUCGUCGAGCGUGAGAAGUUAAUCGUUUUUAAGGAGGAUAAACGUAAAAUUGAUAAAGAGAUUAAACAUAUCAACCAGGAAGCUGAGCAGGGUCGGGGUGGCUAUGAGAAUAUUUACACUCCAAUUACUCGAUGUGAUUACGGCAUGACCUACUUUAAUUUCCAAUCGGCUUUGAGGAAUUUUAUGGCUAAUGCAGAUACGCUACGAAUUCUGACUCCUUGUGUGAAAGGGCAUAUGCAGAAAGCUCCAAAAGAAACACCUCCACAAGAGGUCCCGCCUGUAUUGAUUCAUGUUGGUUCUCAGACUUGUGAUCAAGACGUGACUACUCUUGUUGGUGAGUACAUAUUUCCAAACUACGAAGCUUUAAUGGCAGAAGAAAUUAAUAUCGAAGAGAAAGCUGAACUCGAUUCUAAAACGAAAGACAUCAUUGAGUUGCAUACUCAAGAAGAAUUUUGUUUUGAAAUAUAUCCAGACGUUAGUGUUGAAACUGAACCUGAGCCUAUCCCUGAAGUAGUAUCAGUAGGAUCAAAUACUACAGAUUCUUGCCUUUGUUGUGAUCCCAGCAUUUGCAGUAGUGAAUCGUCUGCAGAAGAUGAAUAUACUAUGAAGUUAAUUUUGCAAUCGGAAUAUCAAGAGAUCCACGUAAUUUUCAAAGAUGACGAAUUUAAAAUCGUUCUUCCGAGGGGUUCUCGAUCCUUUCUUCAAUACUGUGAUUGUGGUGCUGAUGAGGAUAUAGAACGUGCCAGGGAACGCUUUUUCGAACUACUCUAUGAAAGGCUUCGAAGAAACAGUAAUUUUAUACGAAAGCUUAGAAGCGUUCUUGUUUAUUCAAUGAAGAGUCUAUUAGGUGUUGGAAAAUACAGAGAAUUGUCACGUAGGUUUAUUAAAGAUGUCACGAAGGCAAUUAUAAGCUACGAAGAUAUCUGUUACUUCCAUGCGGUGACAAUUACGAUUAUAGAAAUAAAAUAUAGAAAACUAUGUGUAUGUGAGGCCGAUUGUCCAAUAAAGGAACGACUUGAUACUAUUAGAGAAGAACCGGAACCAGGAGAACAAAUUGAUGCGCCAAAGAAAGAACUAUCAGAAGAAUACACAGGAGAUGAACAAAAAGAAAAUAACGUUGUUCAACUAGAGAAAACUUCAUUUACUGAUAUAUUGGACUUGCACAGUUGUAGUAGUUGUACAAGUUUGGAACAAAAGUCAAAAGCUACCUCUCUUUCCUCUAUUAAAGCUUUGAAACAUAGCAAAAGUUGUAUGUGCGUAAUAGAAGAUAGAAAUACUCCUGAAACACGCAACAAGAAAGUUGGAAGGUGUUGCAAAGUUGAUAUGGCACUUGGUGAUGAUGGUUCAAAAGAAUUGAUACAUUCUUCUAAAAAACGAUUUAAUCAUAAGAGGUAUCCACGCAAACAUAAAACAAAAAAAGCAGGGUCUUCAAUAGAAUUGGAACGGUUUUAUACGUCUGACGAAUUUAUUCCUCCUCCCGUUGUGGAGUUCUCCUACUCUUGUAGUCAAGUGGUCCUGCGUCAUCCCCCUAUCCUCUGGGUUCUUGCAAAAAAAUUGGCUAAAGUCCCAAAAUGGAGGAAGAAACAUGGGAAAGUGGGAAAAGAACGUCCUAAUCGCAAUCGCAAAGUAAAACAUGAUAAUCAAUCAACAAGUGAAAGUAGCUCAUGGCAUAAAUCAUCUCAUGAAGGUUCUUCUAAAUCUUGUUGUGCCAAAAAGAAAAAACAGGCUAGACCCAAAAGAGAAACACAAAAUUCUAGCUGCAUGCCAUGUAGUUCUUCUUCGGGGCGCAAUAGCCAGUGUAAACCUAGAAAAUCAUCUUGUCAGAGAAAACCUAAACAUGAUGAUGAUCCUGAUAAGCAUCAUGAUCGCCAUGUUGAAUGUUUCCCAAAUAGACGGACUAAUACACCUGGGAGUUCCAAGCAUGCAGGACCACAGUGCACCGACGACCAAUCAGCGGGUUGUUGUCACAGUCGUUGUGGCAAAAAUAAGAAAGCGGCUCAGGAUCCUAUAAUUCCUUGUGCAAAUUCUAUUCAGUGUAGGGUUCACACGCCAGAAACUACACAUGAAAUGAUGCCUAGUUCUAGUCACGCCACCGCUUCGCAAAAUAAUAGCUCCAUCAACGAUUUUUCUGCAAUUCCAGACGACGAUAAGGAAAAUUCAAUAGAUAGCACCAGGUCAACCCAUCGAAGACAUAGUGCACCUGCUGUAUUUAGACGAAAACCAAAUUCUAAAAAGACUACUAGUGAUUCGCUUACUCAAUCCAAUUCAACUCAAUGUGAUGCUUCGACUAAAGAUCACAAUCUACAAGAUUGUGCUUGCGGUCCAUCAUCUCCUCUAAUUAAUGCAAGUUCGUCCAUGAGUGACGAUAAAAAAAAACUUCUAGCACCGAAAGACUCUACGACUGAUACUUUGAAUAAAGGAAAAGAACAUAAGACCGUUUUGAAUAAUGAGCCAACUAAGAAGACACCGAAAUGUUGUAUCAAAGCAACAAAGAGGAAGAAACCUAAAAAAAAUAAUCAUAAAAAUAAAAAUUCCCAUCCUCCAAAAAGUACCACUGCACCAUGCUGUAGUCCUAAAAAGGUCACUCCGAAUUGUUGUGUGAAAUCUGCUCCUUUACACUCGGUCAAAGUAUUAACUACCGAAGAAGUGAAUGGCGAAAAUAAACAAGAAAGGAAACCUGAAGUAUCAAAACGCAAUACCGAUUCUGAUAUACGCGUUCUCUCGACUGAACCUGCAGCACAAUCUAGUUCAAAGACACUAUCAAGCGAACAUUUGAGUCCUCGAGAUAAGUAUAUGUUAACUCCAGGUGAAUACACAGCAUAUCCAGUGAUGACCCAAACAACAAUUCAACAGGUACAACCAAUGGUGUCGAUUACUGUUUUAACUGAUGAAACUAUUAUGAUGGAUCAGGAAUCGGCAACUUGUAGUUUUACCGACAGCGAGAUUCAGACUUUACUAUCAUUUAGACCCAUCAAUUCGAAAAGACCAACAUGGUUAAAGAAAAUGACAACAUUUCGUAAAGCUCACAAAAGAAAUCAUUCGAUAUCCUUUCGCAAUUACGAAAGCUGGUUACCGGGCAUAGCUCAAACAAGCAUUACUCUUUUGCCAACAUUAAAUAUUUCCCACGCUUUAUUUGGUAGUAAGCGAAGGCACAAACGAUUUCCUCGCAAGAGUAAUGACAAACAUCGAACAGGCAAUGCAAAGAAAAUUCAAGAAAUUCUGCCAGCACAAAGCAUGAAGAUGUCUACGGAAUCUUUGUUAGUUCAUCUUGGGACACCGACAAGCUUGUCAAGGGCAUCAAUACAUGCCAAGCCAAAUCCAGCAAUGCCAGAAGGAGCUUGUUUAACGGUAUCUGAUAUUGAUAACAAAGAAGAGCCCUUAAUCAACCAUUCUGGGGAAAUCGUCAAAUUGACCGCUUGUGCAGUGAACUCUAGUGAUUCAUACGAUCUGACGUCGAUUGUAGAUGAUGCGGCUGAAGAAGUAGAAAAUGAUAAUACGCUACAAGUAAAACAAGAGUGCUGUAGGUUAAAUGAUACUUUAGAUCCUGACGAUGACAAACACUUAAAAUGUCGGAAACAGGUGAAUAUUGAAAAAUAUACCAAUGCAGAUGAUCUCUGUUUAAUGACUGUGGAAGGUUUACCGGGCUCGAUGACAAAGCCACCUAUACCGUGCAGUAAAUUAGAUAAAUUAUAUUUAUUUGCACAUUAUGUGCAAACAGAUUUUGAUAUGUAUGUGCAUACUACAAAGAAGCAGUCUAUGAGUAAUUAUUUGCGGAAAAAUUCGAUUGCUCCCAGUACUCGAUCGUCCGUUCCAACUGUUCGCAUGUUUCACAAUAGUGAUACCUCUGUCAUCGAUAUAAAUAUGGCACCUAAGUGUAAUGAAUGUAAACCUCCUGCAAAAGUAGCCGAGCACUCGUCUGUUACCCCUAAAAAUCCUGAUCAUGCACCUCCAAGUGCAUCAAAUAUUGUUAGAUCUACUAGCGCUCUGCAACUGAUGGAUCAAGAACAUGUAGUUGCACCUGAUAAGAUAGGUCCGAAAACAGAUUCAUCACUGCAAAGAUGGAAUAACCAAGAAAUAUCGCAUAAUACUCAUGCGAAUCAUUCUAGUAAAACUAAUGAAAUUAUGGCUGAUCCUUAUGUUUCCAAAAUAAGUGAAAGAAUUAUUAUUAUUAGUGACUUGAAUUCUGGAAAACGUAUCGAAUAUGGCAACUCAGAUAAACGACUGAUGCCUAUACAGUCAAGAGUUCCUGAAGGUGAUAAUGUUGGUACGGGUGAGAAUGUAAUCAUUACACAAACAGAUAACCCACAUAUGGUCUCAAAAUUAUUAAGUACUAUUGUUGAUAUAUUAGACCAACCAACAAAGAACAAUGCCAAUUUUGUUGAUUUUGGGACUACGACUGGUGGUCCUGCAAUAAAUUAUGCUGAUUAUAACCGAGAUUCGAACUUAAUAGAAGGUGAAGGAGGAAGGAGAGGAAAUUUGAAACGUUCAAUUAUGUUCGAUGAUCAGUCAGCCCAAGUUACUCUUGUUAAACAAGGCACAAAAUGUAGCCAAAUUCCAAGGGGUAAUAACUUAUUAGAAUGCUCCGAUGGAUCCUGUCUUAAAGAAACCCAAUUUUUGCCGCGGUCAGCAUCGCAUGAUUUUUACAGUGAUACAGGUAAUAAUCGAGCAUCCGUUUCAAACUCAAUGCAAUUAUCUAAUAAUCUGCUAUCAGGCGGAAUUAAAAGAAAGUCCGGCGAAGAUGAAUUUGUUCCUCAUUCAGCACCUAAAAGGAGAAAACAUGAAGUCAAAUCGUGUUGCACACCAGAAACCGAAAUAAUAAGUGUACCUACCACGAGCAAAGCUAAUAAUUCGAAAUAUGUUUCAUCACGUGUUCAAACAAUGCGUAGGGGACGGAAUUCUAGAAAUUCGAAGCUUGUUUUCGCUGAGACAAAGAAUAAUUCUUGCUGUAACUUAAAAGAGAGGACGGAAGUGAAUACAUCUACUGCGAUUCAUCAUCCCAAGACUGAUACUAAAGAUAAAGAUGUAGAAACAUUUAUUACAAAAUCAUUGGCAAAAAAUCAGAAACCAUGCUGCCAACAAAAAGCCUCUAAAAUUGACAAAAAAGUUAGUGUUCGUCCUAUUUCAGAAACUAAAAGAGAUAGCUUUGCAACAAGAAAUGCAAAACUUCAAACAAAUUCACCUCCUCCUUUGGAGAUGCAAGAGCAAUGUUGCAAUCCUAAACAGGUUCAUGUAACUACCAGCCCUGAGAGAAUAAAAACAAAUGUCACUGCAACAUCGGAUACAAAGCCAGUAAGGAUUGUUCAACCGAAAGAACGCCCUAAUUCCGGAGUUAAUUGUGGAUUCACUUGUGAAAAAAAGAAAGAACGUAAAAGGGUGUUUCCAGAAUGUUGCGAUGAUAAUAUCCGUAAAGAUUUUGAAAAUCAACCUCUGAGAGAUUUUGUAGAAACCCAUUCCCCUUGCUGUCUUCCCAAUGAGGUAAUUGAAGAAGCUAAAUGUGCAACGUGUGUUAGGCAUUGUAAUGAAAAGAAAUCAAAUAAUAAUUCAACUUGCACCUCUGGAAAACACUGUGGAUGGAAAAAAUGUUGCAAAAAAACCAAGAAGCCUCCAAACAAGUACAUUUUCAAUGAGUGUUGUGGGGCUGACGUUAUAAAAGAUUUUUACAAAUUGGGUGCUACAAAAUUUACCAAACGAUACCCAGAAUGUUGUUGGCCUAGGAUACUACCCCGUCCCUCGGCUCAAGUGGUCGAUACUUAUUAUGAUAUGCAACCGUCUGCCUCAAAUAAGCCUGCAAAACAUGAAGAUCCUGCAGAACAACAGCCUAAGUCAAAUUUAAAGAAACGGUUUGAAUACGUAUUUAAUGACUGUUGCAAUGAUAAAACAAUCGAAUUAUUUCAUAAAUUAGGUUUAGAGAACUUUAAAAAUAUAUAUCCUGAAUGUUGUUGGCCACAAAUAAUUGAAACGGAUAUCGUAGCACACGAAAUGUUACCUCCGAAUCAUACCGACAAAGAUAAAGACAAAGGUAAAAAUAUAGCCCAGAAUAACUCUCAGGAAACAUCUGAGUUAGUGAGGAAAUAUGAGUAUGUUUUAAAAGAUUGUUGCGGGGAUGAUGUAAAAGCAUUACUGACCAAACUGGGUUUUGAAGAGUUCUCUAAGUUAUAUCCUCAAUGUUGUGUUCCUGAAAAGGUUGUAAAGGAAGAAGUUCACAAAUCUCCGAAACAACUAGAUGAUGAUAAUUCUAAAAAUUCCGAAUCUACAUUUAAAAAAUGCUUCUUCAACUGCAAGAAAAAACAAUCUGACAGCAAACCAAAUGUCUUGACAAUUCCAGAUAUAGAUGAGCAAUCUCCAAAAGAGAGGAAUAAUCAUAUGCCUAUUUCGGAAUAUAAAUUUAGUGAGUGUUGUGGAGAAGAUAUAAAAGAGGAGUUCUCCACUCAAGGAGAACACGAGUUUAAGAAAACUCAUCCAGAAUGCUGUUGGCCUACACGAGAUGAACUUCGGUGUUGUGAGCGUGAUUCGGCUCAUUGGCACAGUUUUCUCCAACAAUACAAAGAGCGCCCGGAAUUGAUGGCUACAUUACCGGGAUGUUGCAUAGAACAUGUAAAAAAGCUGUUAGCUGAGUCGAAGGAAAAGAACGAAGUUGUAUUAAUGCAAACAAACAAUGAUUUUCCUCAAAACACCGGAAAAAUAGAUUAUUUUCCUACAUCUGCAGGAUCCUUACCUUCACCGUCACAACCAUCAACGAUUGAAAAUCUAAUUUUAGCUGAGCAUCCAGAGGAAAAUGAACAAAUUCGCUUGUCUAAUAAUAUAUCCCUUAAUAUUUUACCUGAACAUACUGUUAAAAAACCAACAGCAUAUCGAAAGCUUGGAGGCAAUAUCGGAUUAACUGAAGAAAAAUUGACAUCAGAUUUGCACCCUUCAAAAUUGAGAAGCUGUAUUCUUGAACGCACAGAUAAUAAAAAUGAUAAUAGUACGAAUCAGGUAAAAUCUGCAAGAACUGCCUCAGGAGAAAACGUGAACUCGGUAAAGCCCCUAAUGGGAAACAAAAAUUCUUCAAAAGAUCACAUAUCUUCAUCAAAUAGUAAAAACUGCAAAAUAGAAACAAGUAAUUUGUUCCAUAAUAAAGUACUGAAAGAGACCUUGGCAUCUCCUGGAUUGGUCAAAUUACGUCCGUCUUCAAAUCAAACUGAAUCCAAAUACUCUUUGUUGGAUCAAAUUGAUAUCUGUUUUGGUGCCCCAAAAUCAGUUAGUGAACCAAAUCUAAUGGUUUUUGAAUCCGAUGACUACGAUCUAUUUAAAAUCAGAAACCCGAAGAUAACUAAGGGGCCGUUACGCUUCAAAAUCUUUGCACCAACGCGUCACAAAAAUCCAACCAAUAUUUUAAAAGGUAUUAUACCAUUCACAAAAUUUAGCAAACCCAUCGACAGUUCAAAGAAGCCAUCCACACUUCAAACUUUGGAACCAAAGAAGCAAAUAUCUUACGUUUCGGUUAAAGUGUAUGAUCCACAAAUAAUGUCUAUUCAUUCUAGAAUACAAGUUCGCGAUGAUGAUGAAUCGUCAUCUGCUCAACUGGAAGAGGAAGAUGAGGUAGAUGGCAGGUUAACAAGCACAGAGUACUCUGACCCGCUGACUCUUAAAAGUCAACCUCACAAGCCUAUGCCACAAGAUGAAAAGAACAUUAAAUUUCUUGAAGAAAUUGAAUUGAUAGAUUUCAAAAAGCUUAGAAAGGGUAAAAAAUCAUCGUAUAAUGGGAGUGGUACAUCAGAUUCAGUAUCACGAGAUGUAAGUGAAGAUGAAUCAGGUAUAAGCACAGAGGGAUCAGGAAAAAUAAACGAAGCCCGGAAUGUUUCAUCAACUUCGAUAUCACCAAAACAAUCAGACCCAAUUAUUGCUGAGGACACAUCGUCGCCUACGCCAGAAUCACCCAAAGCCUUUUUGGCAGAUAGAAGAUCAAUAGAUAGUCUUCCACAAGGACAACAAAUGUCAAUCCCGAGCUCACCACCUCGGCGAUCAUCUCUAUCAUCGGGGCGAUAUUCUGAACUGUUGCACGGAACAGCCCCCCCAGUGACGCCACCUUUAUCAAUUGAAAAAGAAACACCUCGUCCAAAGCCAGUUAUAAGAAUAUCGUCUGCAUCAUCACUUAAAUUUGAAGUCGUACCAACACGAAUGUCUGUUGGUCAUUCUAGUACUUCAGGCAUGUCCCUGAAGAAAAAUAAAACGGCUAUGGAGCGGUUCGUUUCCAAGUUUUAUGACAAUGAAAAACCACCUAAGGAAAAGAAGUCUAAACACAAUGGAAACAUAAUUUCAAAACUUUUCGGCGAAAAAAUGUUGUGUAACAUCAUACCUAAAUGGCAUAAAAGUCCCAGAACAUUUAAGUGCGGAUGUACUCAAGCAAGAGGAAAACCGUGCAAAUGUCAUGGCCAAACCAGAUAUUCAUGUCAGUGUAAGCAAGAGGGACCACAUAUAAUUGGGUACAGUUUUGUGGACAACCCUAUUUUCUGUUCACAAAAUAAACAAUCGAUGAGCAAUCUCAAACAGACAAGUUAUUGUUCUUUAUUUGAAACUAAUAGCGAAAGCAAUGAUUUGAAAAGUGCAAUGAAUGAAGAUUACAGCACGGGGUUUAUUGACUUACUUGGAGAACAACAGUGUGUGAUAGAUUCCAAAUGGCGGUUGGGCGCGGGCCUAAAUGAAGAAAUGAUCGGCUUUGGUUCUUCCGUCACUAACAGUCAAAAUAAAUUAUCAACUAUAGUUGAACAUACUGAACAAGAUCAUGAAUACGAGCAAGUAAAAGGUACGAGUGAUCAUGGGUACUCAAUAAAAAACAGGCAUGACAUUAUUGGUGUUUAUAAACGUUUGCAUCCUGGGUCGCGUUGUCACUUUUCCUGUUUGCGUCAGAGCUUAGGCAAUCGAUUACCGCAUGUUUUGACCAAAACUGAAUUUAAUCCAAAGUUACAUGCACUCUCGAGUGCUAUUGAUUUGGAGCGUAAGAAGAGUAAGUUAGAUCGAUUAAUAAAACGAAUAAAAUACUCGCUCAGUAGGUGGAAAGUGCGUAAGACGAAAUAUAACGAACCUUCGGUAUCGAAUUCAACUGAAAACAUACCGAACCGCACUUACAAGAAAGAUACAAUACGUUAUAAUCAUACCUAUAAAGUCGAUAAACGCCCAGAUGACAGGCGGAAGGAAGAAAUUCGAAUUGGCGGAACAAGUUACCUUAUACGAGCGCCAAGGGCCUUGUCUAAAAGCGAGACCUUAAAUUCGCAGCGUACUAUUGGUUCGGAUAUUCCCUCAUUAAGAUCAUAUGAAACUCCUAAACAUAUAGAUGUUGCCAACAAUGUUGACUUGAACACGACUAUUUCAAAUUUUAACGCAAGAAAGAAUCCAAUAAAACUAAAUAAUUCUGAUCAUCUGCUCAAAUUGCAAGAAGAAAUUAAAUGGAUUGAUGAAAAACUUGCAGGAAAGUAUCGGGAAGCUUCCUUAAAGAUCAAACAGGAAUUGCAAAAGAAAGUUUCUAAGGAACCGGUUAGUUCUGUAGCCAUAUCAACUAAACCUUCAAUAUCUGAGAAAGGUACAGAUGCUGUCACAAAAAAUUCUCAUUGUGUUAUUAAAUCUAAGCAAGUAAAAGUACUUAAAGAGUCACUUUUAAAUGAGGAUGAUUGUAAUAAUUGCUUUUCAAUACAAAGUUGUUACUGUAACGUCCAAAACAAGGUCGAAAGAACAUUAAAUUCAAGCCCACAAGAGGAACUAGUCGAAUUUCGAGAGCUUAUUCGUCGUGAACGGGAACGUAUUCGAAGGGAAGAUGUGAUCAGAAGGAAACAGGCUGUUUGUGAAGCUAUGAAAGUGAGUAAAACUUCUAUAGAUGAAGAACAGAACAAAGCAGUGUUUGCCAUCGAUACUUGUGCAUUAUUCCGUGGCCAUACGUGCAGCAAAUGUAUGCUAAAUGAUGCUCCCACAAGGGAUUCUUCUCAAGAAAGUGUACAACCAAAAAUAAGUAAGUCAGCCCACUUAUUAGCGCAUAAUAUUAGCUCAGGAGGUGAAGUACUGCUAACAAAUAUGAGGGAAAAGCAUGGUAUUCUAAGCACGUAUGUCCCGACCGUACCACCGGCUUAUCCAGCCAUGGUCAGAUCUCAAAUCAGUUCGAAAAUAAAUAGCAACGGAUUGUGCAAUAAUUUUAACACAGAAGAUGUGAUAGUGCAAACACAAAAUGAUAUUGUUAAAGCUGGCUCGUCGAACGCAACAUCUCCGUUCCCAAUUUCAAAAGUGCGUCGUCCAACGGAAAAUCAUAUAAUGAGUGAAAUGAUCAAAAAGUUACACUAUGAAUCUGAACAGGCUUGGAAAUGUCGAACUUUAAUUGUAGAAGAACCAUCAAUUGAGCCACUAACCCUUAGAGUGCAACCACCCAAAUCCGUAAACACAAUACUUGUACCAUUCAAUACUCUGUGGAAAAGGGAACCCACGGUUAUGUUAGUCCCAGGUACUAAUUGCUCCAGCCAGUCAAAAGGCCAAUCAUACCAUCCACGAUAUUCAGAGGACGGUCACAACAAAAUCAAACUCCGCCUGAAGUUUAAGUCACCUGCCAGUGAAAAUUUCAAACCAAAGCGUCCAUUCCAAUCGUAUGUCUUGGAAAAGUUAAGCAAUUCUUCUUACUCCUCCAAAGACAUUGAAUAUGUUCUUAAAGUUCAUGAUUAUAACACUGAAACAAUAGGAAGAUGUCAACCGAGUUCUCCACAACGGCAAAUGAUUGAAUGUGCAGGUAAUUGCAAUAUUACUGAUUCUGAAAGUGAAUGCGUUCUCUUAGAUAGACACCGUUAUCACAAGGAUACCAACAAAAUAGAAAAUUAUUCCAAAGAUAUAUUGGGUGUGCCUUGCAGCCAUAAUUCCAAUUCACGACCGAAUGCCGCCACCAACGUUAGUCAUCGGAAAACCAAUAUUGGUCAUGUAAGCGAAUACUACAAGUACCAAAAAUGAGUGUCGUAUUACGCGAUGAUUCACCAUUCGCUGAUAAGAAAGAUUAUCGUUUUCUAACUAAUAUGAACCUUUGUACUUGUGCAUUACAAUAAUUUAUAUGAGUAACGCGAAAUUAAAGACCUAUAAUUCGGAUAUA